AUGAGCAUGACAACCAACGCGAAGGCGAGCAGCGCCGCCAAGAACACGAUAACCAGCGACAUGAUCUGCAUCCAAGGUGCCAUGGACGCGCAGCGCAAGCUCAACAGCGCCCACCAUGCCACGCAGUCGCCAUUCAAGACCACACAGGAUUUGAGUGUUGACAGCACACCCAACAGCUUGUCGGCAACGACCCAGCCGUCGACGACCCUGAUGCAGUGCAUCAAGAAGCUCCUGGCUCAGCUGCCACCACAAGACACCUUACGGCUCCUCACAGACCACCUUUGUGCGCUCAUGUCAACCAUGUCCUCGAACUUUCCUACAAUUUACCGCGUGCUCGAUCAAGCGCGUUCAAACGCUAGCCUGGUGCAGAAGCAGGCGGUGCAGCUGGACGAAGCGGGGCGCCGCAUCAUGUCGCUCGAAGCGGAAAUCGACGACUUGCACCACGAGCGCCGCCAACUCAUGACUGACUUGGCGGACAGCAACGAUGUGGCAAAACGGAUGUUCACAGCGAACAAUGAGCUCCCGGAGCAGUGCCUCGCUCUGGAAGAUCAACUGUGGGAGGCCAAGGCGGCCAACACGGCCAUGGCGGUGGGCCACGCCCUUGAAAUCGAGACCCUGUCAAUGGAGAUGUGUAUGCAUCUCCAAGACUCGAACAUCCAACUCCGUCAACUCAGGUAA